GUUUAGACUGGUGUGGUUGGCAUACUGGACACAAUCCACGUUUUCAAAUAGCGGAGUGUUAUUAGCUUAAUCUUAUUUAGGUCGGCCUAUAUUUUGUGCUAACUAGUAAGUAAACAUGCGCUUGUUUCGGUGUUUUGUGUGAAUGGCAGUGUUAAUUGAUUUCGAAGAAAGCUUGCGCGUCCACAGUUCACAUACCCGAAAGCGCGCGCCCCAGAGAAAAGUAUUCCAACAACAGUCAGCGCGCGAGCCCGAGACCGGCGUCAAUGUGGAAACCGAAAAAUAAAACCCUGCAGUCUAAAGGAUAAAAAUACUGGAAUCCCGUCUGGAUUAUUUGACGUAUUAACAAAGACGAACAGGAAAGGCUUUUUGAGAGAGAAGUAGCGUUAGCUUACAUGCUAACUAGCUAGUACCUGUCCUGGUAAACUGGACCAGUUCUCCCAGGUUUCGACAAUCCUGGAAAAAGAUAAACGACAGGUGCACCAGAUUUCAAGAGAAGAGGGCCUCAAUCGGAAAUUGUCUUAUGGAUGAAGAAAUGAGUCGCCAGACCGCCACAGCGCUGCCCACAGGAGCCUCCAAGUGCGCCUCCUCCCAGCGCGGCCCUCCGCUGUCGGGCACCACGGCCUCCAACACCGACCUGGCCAGCCUGUUCGAAUGCCCCGUCUGCUUCGACUAUGUCCUCCCGCCCAUCCUGCAGUGCCAGAGCGGCCACCUGGUCUGCAGCAACUGCCGGCCCAAGCUGACCUGCUGCCCCACCUGCCGCGGCCCGCUGGGCUCCAUCCGAAACCUGGCCAUGGAGAAGGUGGCCAACUCGGUGCUGUUCCCCUGCAAGUACGCCUCGUCGGGCUGCGAGGUGACGCUGCCGCACACGGAGAAGGCGGAGCACGAGGAGCUGUGCGAGUUCAGGCCGUACUCCUGCCCCUGCCCCGGGGCCUCCUGCAAGUGGCAGGGCUCGCUGGACGCCGUCAUGCCCCACCUCCUGCACCAGCACAAGUCCAUCACCACGCUGCAGGGCGAGGACAUCGUGUUCCUGGCCACGGACAUCAACCUGCCCGGGGCGGUGGACUGGGUGAUGAUGCAGUCCUGCUUCGGCUUCCACUUCAUGCUGGUGCUGGAGAAGCAGGAGAAGUACGACGGGCACCAGCAGUUCUUCGCCAUCGUGCAGCUCAUCGGCACGCGCAAGCAGGCCGAGAACUUCGCCUACCGCCUAGAGCUGAACGGGCACCGGCGCCGGCUGACCUGGGAGGCCACGCCGCGCUCCAUCCACGAGGGCAUCGCCACGGCCAUCAUGAACAGCGACUGCCUGGUGUUCGACACAUCCAUCGCCCAGCUCUUCGCCGAGAACGGCAACCUGGGGAUCAACGUCACCAUCUCCAUGUGCUGAGGGGGGGUGGGGGCGCCCCCCUGGUGGUCGGGCUCCGCUAAAUCAAAAAAAGCUACGAGUGGAAAGCGUGAGCAAGGCAGGACCUGCGAAAGUGCUUAUCCCAACUCCGGCUGUCCUCCGCGACGCGCUUAGCGUGGCCAGCCGAACGCUCCUUCCCUGGGCUUCAAAGACGUUUCUUCAUUUGACACUGCAGGUAAAUGAUUAGCUGUUCAGUAACGGACAGGCAAAGCACUGACGGGCAUUCUGGAAUGGACUGUCGGUGCCUUUGCCAAACGAAGUCAGCCGGCACGUGGAACGUGGACUCGCACGUGCGCAAGGGAACACUAGAGCGUUCCUGGCUACUUUUUUUUUUUUUUUUUUAAUAGCUGGACAGUACUGGAGUGGGAGUGGGGUGGGGGGGAGAAAAAUCAUGGUUAAAAAAUGUUACCUGAUGGGGUGGGGGGGCAGUAAACGGCAUUUCAAAUUGGGGUGGAAUUUCUUUAAUUUAUUUAUUUUUAUUUUGCAUUUUCACCCCGCCCCCCCCUGCCCCCUUCAAUGAUAUCCUGGAUGCUGGAACAGUCCAACAGUGUUUGCUGAAACCACUCUACACCUGGGACAUUUAUACAGAUGUAUUAUUGUUAUUAAUAAUAUUAUAGCUCAUUUUUGUAUGGAAUUUUAAGAAAAAACCUCUUGUAAAGUCAUGGUUCAGUCUAGUUUCAUCUUCGUUUUUUAUCAUCGUUUCUCUGUCUGAAAGAGGUGCAGUGUUUCGGCACAUGGUACUCUUUGCUCUCAACCCUACCCCCCCACCCCAAAUUCAUUUUAACUUUUCUUUUUUUAUUUCUUGUUUAUUCUGGCAUCAAAUCUUUUUUCAUACCCUGUUCUUUUCAUCUCUGAUGUGAAUAGUCUGAAAUCUUAAAUUGUUAAAUUAAUAAAAUCUUCUGAGGAACUUUU